AUGUUUUUACGUGGCAUUUGGACUCCGGAUAUAUUUUGCCUACGGAAUGUGCCUCACGGUAUGAAUCCCAAGAAGCAACGAGUUGGAAGCGCCCAGUUGCAUAAACGUUCUACACGUGAUUCCGUCAGCAGUCAAGUCGACUCAGUAGUACCAUCGUCUUCCAAUUCGGCCGCCUUACGUCCAGAAUCGUCGAGAAAAUGCCGAUUUGCUGCACUGAUACGUAACAAAUACGCAGAAUGCAAGUUAUCGAGGCUGCAAUCCCGUCGAAAGAAUCGUCCAGCAAUUUCUCGCGACACACAACGUGCAUUUCGUGAACUGAUCAGCUCAUGGUCAUGUUCAGAACUGGCUGCAUUCUGCACCGAAAUGGACAGCGCUUAUGCGGUAAGAGAGCUGGUGUUGAUGACCGAAGCGGCACGACCGCCUGUCUCAUCACUGCAACAAGAUCUUUUCAAUGCAUUCAGCAAUUCAAUUGCCACCGAUUGUUUCGUGUUGUACAGGGAUGGCCGUUAUGCCGCUCACGAAGCGAUCCUGUGCGCAAGGUCACGUUAUUUUGCUGAGCAGUUUGCAUCAGUGCAUCAUGAUGUGAAUGAUUGCGUGGGAAAUAUUCUCUCAUACCCUAUCUGA